CUAGUGUUCUCGGCGGGUGAGGCCGGCUACUACUGUUUCCGGAUCCCGGCUCUCCUGUUCACUGGCCGAGGGACACUGCUGGCCCUUCGCGGAGGGCCGUGGGCAGCAGUCUGGGAGCUGCGCCGACCACGGAGACGUCCAUAUAGUUCUCAAGAGGAGCUCAGACUCGGGACAGACCUGGUCCAAUCUCACUGUUGUGUACAAGGAAGACGGCCACACAAUCGGUAACCCAGCUCCAGUCCUGGACGGGACCAGCGGUACCAUCACCCUUGUCUACUGCAGAGACAACACCGAGGUCUUCACUCUCCAAAGCAGAGAUGAGGGAGUCACCUGGAGCAACCCCUGCAACAUCAUAG